AGAAUUUCUAUGUCAGGUUCCUGCGGAUGCCCUUGAAUUCAGUGUAGUAAUAUUUUCGGACUUUUUAUCAAUAAGUGUGUUGAAGCAUACAUUUUACGCUGCUAAUAUGUCUAAAUACAUAUGUUAUCCCUUGAUUUUUUAAAUAAUUGAGAGCUCUAUUUAUUUAUGGGAUUAUUAAGUGCUGAUGAAAAUAUAAAUGUUGAAUUUCAGUUUAGUAAACUGAUGUUUUAAAAUUCCAUACUUCAUGGCCACACUAAUUUUUAAUGUUUUUAGUGGUUACUAAUUUCCAGUUGUUGAAGAACUUACCUAUUUACAGCUUAAAAGAAUAGCUAUUUCAACCCAGUGGUUGUCUGUUUUACCCAGUAGUCCUUGGAUAUUUAACUUCCUAGGUACAAAAGUGGGUGGGAGGGGGAAAUGACAGAAAAAGAAAUUAUAAAAUUUUGCAGCGAGUCUUUUAAAAUUAAGUAUAGAGGAGUAAACACUGAAGAAAAACAUUUUCUAACGAAAUUUUAAUAGUACUCUAGUAUUGCUAAUAUAACUACGUAAAGCCUAAAGUUUUCUAUUUGAAAAUAUUAACCAGAAAGUGCAUUCUCUUGGGUAUGAUUCUGAAAGAGCAGUGGGAGAGUGCCUUGCAAUCUUGGCUCACUGCGUAUUGGCUAUGGCAAGGUUCUUUGUACCACCUUGAACUCCAAACAUUUUUCCAAUGUAAAUGUGUAGGAAGCCCUGUUGAACUUCAGCACCGCACCCAGACAGGCAAUAUUCACUCAGUCGUUGAUAGACUUUAAACUAUCCAGUUGUGCCUCAGUUCUUAAAAUUCCUGGCAAUGAGAAGCCAGAGCAGGUUUUGGCUGCUUUUCUGCUCUGCCCAUCUGUCACCUUCGUAGUUUUCCCUCCUUCAGGAAGGAAGCAGCUGUUUCCCUGCCAACAGGUACUUCCUUCCCACCUCCCACCAAACUAGGGCACUAUUAAACAAAGGUGCACCGUGACUCGGGUUUCUGACUAUGAAGCAACAGGACUGAGUUGGUUAACUCUGUGGUCAGAGCUACAGCUGGAGUUGACAACCUUGCAAAUGUUAGUUAUUAAAGGCCCAUGAUUCGCAAGAGAAAAAUCAGUGGAGAGUCACACAGUAAAUCAUUAUUUAACAUAGGUUUUGUUAAAGGUAGAAUUAUGGAGUGCCCUUUUCUUUUACAAUUAAGACAAGAAUAUUAUUUCCUUAUAAUACCUCAUGUAUCCUAGGUAGGUAGAUAGGUAGAUUGAUAGGUAGGUAGGUAGGCAGGUAGACCAAAAGGAAAAAGUUAAAAAAAAAAAAAAAACUUUAAAGACUGUGACAGAGUCCCUAAUUAACUCUUUAAAGCUAUUGCCUACGGACUUUUAACAAUUAUGUGGAGUUUUUGCAACUAUGAGAAUAAAUGGAACUGGUCAACUCUUGACAGUUGCCUCAAGGUUCAGUGAAAUGACGUCAAGGGAACCUGGGGGGAAGCAGUGUCAAUAAUGAAUAGGCCACCCAUCACUACCAACUGCAGAUGACUUGCCGUUUCAUUUACAAAGAUGUCGUCAGCUGCUGAAAAUGGAGAUGCAGUACCUGGAAAGCAAAAUGAAGAGAAGACUUACAAAAAGACUGCAUCAUCAGCUAUUAAAGGUGCUAUUCAGCUGGGAAUAGGAUACACAGUGGGGAAUCUCACUUCCAAGCCAGAGCGAGAUGUUCUCAUGCAAGACUUUUACGUGGUGGAAAGUGUGUUCCUACCCAGUGAAGGGAGCAAUCUGACCCCUGCACAUCACUAUCCAGACUUCAGAUUUAAGACCUAUGCUCCGCUAGCCUUCCGGUACUUCAGAGAACUCUUUGGAAUCAAGCCUGAUGAUUACUUGUACUCCAUCUGCAGUGAACCUCUGAUAGAACUGUCCAACCCUGGAGCCAGUGGAUCCUUGUUUUUCUUGACCAGUGAUGAUGAAUUUAUCAUCAAAACCGUUCAGCAUAAAGAAGCGGAGUUCCUGCAGAAGCUGCUGCCAGGGUAUUACAUGAAUUUAAACCAGAAUCCAAGGACUCUUCUGCCAAAGUUCUAUGGGCUAUAUUGCAUGCAGUCGGGGGGCAUAAACAUUCGGAUUGUGGUGAUGAACAACGUGUUGCCCCGCGCCAUGAGGAUGCACUUGACCUAUGACCUGAAAGGCUCCACCUACAAGCGAAGAGCAUCCCGGAAAGAGAGAGAGAAACCCAACCCCACGUUUAAGGACCUGGAUUUCCUACAAGACAUGCACGAGGGCCUGUACUUUGAUACAGAAACAUACAAUGCACUCAUGAAGACCCUUCAGAGAGACUGCCGGGUGCUUGAAAGCUUCAAGAUUAUGGACUACAGCCUUUUGCUGGGCAUCCACAUCUUGGAUCACCCCCUUAAAGACAAAGAAGAGCCCUUAGAAAAUGCGCCUGAUGCAAAGCGACCUGGGAUGCAGAAAGUCCUCUAUUCCACAGCCAUGGAAUCUAUCCAGGGUCCUGGGAAGUCUGCAGAUGGGAUCAUCCCAGAGAACCCAGACACAAUGGGAGGCAUUCCAGCUAAAAGCCAUAAGGGAGAAAAACUACUUUUAUUUAUGGGCAUUAUUGAUAUUCUACAGUCAUAUAGGUUGAUGAAGAAGUUAGAACAUUCCUGGAAAGCUCUUGUUUAUGAUGGGGACACUGUUUCAGUUCAUAGACCAAGUUUUUAUGCAGAUAGAUUUUUAAAGUUUAUGAAUUCCAGAGUUUUCAAGAAAAUUCAAGCUUUGAAGACCUCACCUUCUAAGAAACGGUGCAAUUCCAUUGCUGCAUUAAAAGCGACCUCACAGGAGAUUGUGUCUUCAAUCAGCCAGGAAUGGAAGGAUGAGAAGAGAGAUUUGUUAACAGAAGGACAAAGUUUCAGCAGCCUUGAUGAAGAAGCACUGGGAUCGCGACACAGGCCUGACCUGGUGCCCAGCACCCCAUCGCUGUUCGAAGCUGCCUCUUUAGCAACCACAAUCUCAUCUUCUUCCUUAUAUGGCAGUGAACAGUGUCCACAUGACAGGACCACACUUUACUCAAACAGUAAAGGGUUGCCUUCCAGUUCAACAUUCACCUUGGAAGAGGGGACUAUCUACUUAACUGCUGAGCCGAACGCUCUGGAUAUGCAAGAUGACAAUGCCUCUGUGCUCGACGUCUACUUAUAAGUGAAAGUGGCGACCACCUAAGCACAUGAAUGGGACUGAACACAGUUGUGGGAGAGAAGCUUCUCCACUCCAGAGUUCUCCAGAAGAACUGGCCUGAGCUUCAGUAACAGGAAAAAUCAACUGGACCUGGAAGUGUGUGAGAUGUCAGGGGAGUCUGGUCCAGGGGCUGAUCAGCAGAUGGGAUGUGAAAAUACCACACUAUUCUAUUGUUGCUGUUGCUUGCUGACUGUGAAAAACUGCAUGAACUAUAUUUAAGUUGCUUUUCUAUACCAUCGCCAGUCACCUUUCUGGACCUGGAACUGCUGCUUUCCAACAGACUCUUGCAUUAUUUCAUUUCGCAUGCAUACAGUGAUUACACAUAAGCCACAUAAGUAUCUGCCUAUAUUUUUAAAACUCCAUCCAUGCAAAAUGAUAAAUAAGGUAUAAAUUCUCUUUCUUUACAAAAUUUCAAUCAUAGCCCAUGUCACUGGAAGUUUAAACUGGUUUCUUUUCAGGAUCAGUAUAUUAGGUCUGCCUAUACUUUAUAGAAAACUAGCUUCUAUAAAGAUUUUUUUCACUGUUUACUAGUGAAAUGAGAAAAGCAAAGCUAUUUAUAAAGGCCUUAUGUCAUGUGUAUACAUUGUCUUUGAAAUAUUUGUGAUUUAGUUUAUUGCUUGUAAAAGAGAAAUGAUGUAAUUUAUUUAGUAAAUACUACUGUAAACUAUAGUUUUAUUGAAAGAAAUAAAAUAUUUUGUUCUCAA